AUCGCCGAAGUCCCGACGAGUCCGGAUUAACAACUUUUGACUGUAUUAGACCGUUAGCGGCUCAACUCACCAAAGACUCAAAUUUUCCUACUUUGGAUUACUGGCGAUUUUUACGAAAACCGAAUAUUGCUGAAGCAAGUGCACAAUUUGCUAAGCUUGCAAAAGAUUUGGAAAACAGGGAGUGUCCACAUUAUGCUGCAUUUUGUUGUCUUGCUGUAGCAAGCCCAGGUUAGGCCAAGGCCUUCUGUACUAGAUGUUUCCAAUCAUCUCUACUAGCAUCCCAAAUCCCCCAAUCUUAGUUUUAAGGACUAAACAGUCUUCCUCUACAGCAUUUAUCCAAGUAUGUGAACGUUCAGAUGGAAAUGCUAUUUUUGAAUCACAGAAUUUACUGCAUGCUGCAAGGCUGUUUUUGGAAGCUGAGCAGCUUAAUCAUGAGCUGCUUUGUCCUUCAUAUAGUGAACAUCUGCAAGCAGCUCUUAGUGCGUAUGGUGAUUGUGUCAAAGUGUAUCUUGACAGUCAGCAACAUGCUCUGGCUGCAGCUCUGUUAUUAGAAGUCGGACAGUCAUUAAAGCAACUUGGUCGGAUCAGUCAAGCUAUAUCAUAUUUUAUAAGAGCUGCUGAAUUGCAUCGUUCAUGUGCUUUAGAUUAUUUGAAUGACCUUAAAGAAAUCAGUGACUGUCGAAUACGAUUAGGUGACUAUGAUGGAGCUUUAACAGUUCUGACUGAAAUGCAGGUUAUCGCUGAAAAAAGAGGUGUAAAAGAAAAUGGUGAACGUAUUGGUGCUUUCACAUCAAUUUUAAAUAAUGUAGAAAUUUCAAGGAUCUUGCUGCUAUUAUUACUGAAGCCACCUGAAUUCAAAUUAAGGCCUGAACAUGCAAAAUUACUUGAACAGUAUUCUGAUAUUGACAGAGAUCCUGUUGAUUAUAUUGAAGAUGAUCUUUAUCUAUUAUUACAGUCUCUUAUGAUUGCUGUUAAAGAAAGGGAUGAAUCUGCAUUGUUACACCUAGAAAGAGAUUUAUGGCCUCGUUUAACGCCUCUUCAGAAUGAUAUAUUAAGUAAAAUUCUUGCUCAAUAUAGGGACUACUCUGUGAGCCUUCCAUAUAAAUGAAAAUUAGAUCUUCACAGAUACAUAUUUAACAAUGAACACCUUCAAUUCCCCGUGGAACAUUCAAAGUGAAAAAUUUGAAGAAUUAGUUAUGUCAAGUGUUUUGAGAACAAGUGCACAUUUUAAACUAGAUUUAUGAUUAUCAUAUAAAAAUUAGAAAUUUUUGUGCAUUCAGUGAAUGAGUAAUUUGUCAUCAAAAUUAAUAACAAAUGAAAAAAUUUUCUCAUAUUUUAUAUUAAAUAUUUCAUAUAGAUAAAUGUUAUAAUUCUAUUAAAAUCACCUUUUAGGUAAUGUAUUAAAAUUCUUUGUUAAGUGUGAGUGAUAAUUGAAAGCAAGAAGUCUGUUCAGUAGUUGAUGAAAUCACUUCCUGUUUGGAAAAUUAAAAAGCAAUCUUUAAAACAGUA